UUACUACCCAGUCAAGCUUCUCCUUGAGAGUACUUUGUAAGUAUGGACCAAGAUUCUGUUCACAGUUCUAACCACUGCAUAAUUUUCUCAGAGAGAGCGCUUAGCUAUUCAACGCAUGUCUCUUUCGUUACAGAAAUCUCUGUGAAAUUUGAGUCAUCGUCUAUAAAACUGCUGGUUAUACACUUGUUCUUUUCAAAUGGCGGUCGCUCCAAAACCUAAUGAAAUACUCCGUUCGACGAAUGGUAAAGAUAAUUUCCACCGUUUAACUCGAUUGUUAAUAAGUGGAGGAACCGAACUACUACGGGAAACUUUUGACAGCAGAUGUCCACCAGCUGUUCUUCCAACAAUAUUGCAAAAUCCAGCCACCAAAAAGCUGCUCAAAGCAGCAAAGCUCACUAUUCCACAGAGGGAUUGUCUAUACCCUUCCCCCGGGGUGUACGGAAAAUCAACAGAUUGUGAUGUCACUCUCCUCUUUAAAUUACUGAGGACGAUUUGCAGCCUCACCCCUCCUGUCACAGGCUGGGAUGCUCAACCGUCAAUUACAGAUCACAGUUUGGAAGCAGAUUUAGCAAGAAUCAAGUAUUAUCGUAACACAGUGUAUGGUCAUGGGAAGUCUGACAUGGAGAUAGAAGAUGACUUCCAGUUCUUAACUUUAUGGCGUGAAAUCAGCGAAGCCCUAGUGAGAAUUGCAGACCAAAUCUAUCCUUCAAAGAAGCAUGACUGGCAGGCAGCCAUUGAUAAGUUCCUAAAGGAUCCCCUUACAGCAUAGGAUGAAAGAUAUGUAGAGGAACUGUGCGACUGGUACAGACAGGAUCUGGAAGUAAAGAAAUCUGUAGAAGAAGUACAAGAAACUAGCCGGGUGAUCAUUGAAAAAGUGGAAGACCUCACUAGUGCAGUUGGAGAGACAAAAGAUGUACUGAUGGAGAAAAUGAACCAAUUUGGAGACACAGUGGUAGAAGAGAUUAGGAGUCUUAGUGAUCUAUUAGGUGCCUGUCAGUCUAUCAAAGAAUACCAAACAUCAAAGAACGGCACAGGGUCCGAUAAACAGGCUGGAGUGUCACGUGUCUCGGUGCCAAGAGCAGUUGAAGGUUUUACCAAGGAUGGGUCGCGAUCAGAGGUACUUUUGGAUGAAAUAACAAGAAAAUGUGACAGGAUUCAAAGUUUGGAAGGAGAACUUUUCCACCAGACUGAAAAGUUCCGCUACAUGGCGAAAGAGAUCGAAGAUACCUUGCAAGAGUUUGAAACGAAGGAAGAAGAAUACUUCAGCAACCAACUUUCCUCUGCUAGACGGCGACUCGUUGUGUCUAUCCUAUGCACGGCUGGUAGCAUUAGUGGUUUCUUUCUUGCAUUUGAACCGGUUUUGUCUCUUGUUAAUUACCUUUUCACGACAGCAGGGACGUUGUAUGCCGCCACCCCUUUGUGUUCGAAGAAAAGAGGAAACGAUUAUAAUUUACUGUUCAGGCUCUCAGUUAAAUUGCAACAAUCGUCAGGUCAAUUUAAAGAGGUGCUAGGUGAUGUAAAAACAAAUUCCGUCUCUUAUGCACAAUCCCUCGAUGACUUUGUUAGCUAUAUGAAUAUGGUGACACACAGUGGAAUUCAAGUUUGCAUACCAGACAUUUUGAUCGAAAAAUACACGCUCGCCUUGAGAAUUCGAAAAGAAUUUCCAUUUGAUGAAAUUCGGAAAAAGGCUGUUGACAUCACCAAAAUCGGCGAAGUGUUAUUCAUGUCAGGCCACAUCUUGGCAUAGGCUUCUUACUGUACUGUUAAUUGUGGAGCAAAGAAGGAGGAAGAGUUAAAAUGAAUUCGUGCUACGGGUAACCCUCAGUUAUCGAAAAUAUCAAUUCAAAGAAGUCGAAUUGUUUUCAGAUUUUCUGCUUCCUUUUUUCUGUGGUUUUCAGAUGGCUAAAGUUAAAAAUCAUGGAGCAAAAUUCAGAUCAAUCUUUUUUUUUUUAGUAUGUAAACGUUAUGACGGAAAGUGUAAUGAACAGUCAUGUUCACUGAUAAAAUCAGAAAUCAUGGGUUUUCUGAGAAUGUUAAGAAACUUGAAAUUUUAGUUGCUUAGAAGAUUUUCCUUUUUUGCUUAGAAUCUUGGCCCUUAUAUUUCCUGUCACUUUCGAAAGUCUUUGGGUCAUUCAGAUAUUUUUUCAUUUCGAAAACGUGAAAUAUGCCCGUAGUGAUAUUCGAUUGGGUGGAGAAGGACCGAAAUGUUACAAGUGCCAUACUAGUGUCUCAUUGAUGAAGUGGCUAUUCCGAAACGAAAGAUAUUGCCCUAGCUUAGCGUACCCUAAAUUUCUUCGACAUUGAAAAUGUAACUAACAAUGAUUUAAAAUCUAAGUUGUCAGUUUGUGAUUAUCAGCGUUCGAUGUGUUUUCAAAGAGAGAGAGAGGGAGAGUUAAAAAAAAAAACACGGUAGUGCUUCGGCCGUUUUUAAAAUUGGGCGUCAGCAGAUACAAUCAUCUUGCGUGGGAUGAAAAUGACAAGAUUCUAGGCAUCAUUGACCAAUCAGAACAUGUCAUUUUGUACAAUUAUUAGGCGUCAUUGACCAAUCAGAACAUGUCAUUUUGUACAAUUAUUAGGCAUCAUUGACCAAUCAGAACAUGUCAUUUUGUUCAAUUAUUAGGCAUCAUUGACCAAUCAGAACAUGUCAUUUUGUUCAAUUAUUAGGCAUCAUUGACCAAUCAGAACAUGUCAUUUUGUACAAUUCUGUAUUAGACAUAAAUCACUAUCAAUUUUACUGUACAUUGUUGGCAUAUAAUCUCCAAGGUGGUUUUGUUUAUGUGUUUGAUGCAUCUAAUAGCGCGCAAGUGACCUGAGUAGCAUUUACCUAAUUAAUAACUGAUUUUUAGGGGAGAACAUAUCAGAUUUAUCAAGUGAUUAACUGUAAAUAUAGAAAGAAUCUUAAGUUCGUUACCUGGAGAAAUAAUUCUUCGAAGAACGAAUUUAGUAAACGCUUGAAUUGAACCCAUGUAAAUUUUCCUUUGAAUAACGUUUCUUCUUUGGUGUUA